AUGCAUGAAGGUGGAAAGCUAAAAAGAGAUAUUAGAGAGAACUUCGUAAGCUUGAGAAAUCUGUUUAAACUUUUCUCCUUCAUUUGGAUUCUUAUCAGGGUGGUACUUCAAAGCCAGUUUCCUAUAAGCCUUUUUGAGUUCUUCUUGGGUGGCGUUGGGUUUGACCCCCAAAACAUCAUACUAAGUGGUUUCUUUCACCAUUUUCUACAGGCAGUGAGCGGGCUGGGCCGGAGCGGGAGAAGUAGGAAGGAGCGCGUAGCCGUGCGCAGGCCGAGCAGCCACGGCUCCUCCACCUCGCAACGCGUUCUGGAAAGUUCCAAGAAAAGGGAAUUAUAUGACAAAGGAGGAGAACAGGCAAUUAAGGAGGGUGGAGCAGGUGGCGGUUUUGGAUCCCCCAUGGAUAUCUUUGAUAUGUUUUUUGGAGGAGGAGGAAGGAUGCAGAGAGAAAGGAGAGGUAAAAAUGUGGUACAUCAGCUCUCAGUUACCUUAGAAGAUUUAUAUAAUGGUGCCACAAGGAAGCUAGCUCUGCAGAAGAAUGUGAUUUGUGACAAAUGUGAAGGCCGAGGUGGUAAGAAAGGAGCUGUGGAGUGUUGUCCCAACUGCCGAGGUACUGGAAUGCAAAUAAGAAUUCAUCAGAUAGGACCUGGAAUGGUUCAGCAAAUUCAGUCUGUGUGCAUGGAGUGCCAGGGCCAUGGAGAAUGCAUCAGCCCUAAAGACAGAUGUAAGAGCUGCAAUGGAAGGAAGAUAGUUAGAGAGAAGAAGAUUCUGGAAGUUCAUAUUGACAAAGGCAUGAAAGAUGGUCAGAAGAUAACAUUCCAUGGUGAAGGAGACCAAGAACCAGGACUGGAGCCAGGAGAUAUUAUCAUUGUGUUAGAUCAGAAGGACCAUGCUGUUUUUACUCAACGGGGAGAAGACCUUUUCAUGUGCAUGGAUAUACAACUGGUUGAAGCACUGUGUGGCUUCCAGAAGCCAAUAUCUACUCUUGACAACCGAACCAUAGUCAUCACCUCCCAUCCAGGCCAGAUUGUCAAGCAUGGAGACAUCAAGUGUGUGCUAAAUGAAGGCAUGCCAAUUUAUCGUAGACCAUAUGAAAAGGGUCGUCUAAUCAUUGAAUUUAAGGUAAACUUUCCUGAAAAUGGCUUUCUCUCUCCUGAUAAACUCUCUUUGCUGGAAAAACUCUUACCCGAACGGAAGGAAGUAGAAGAGACUGAUGAAAUGGAUCAGGUAGAACUAGUGGACUUUGAUCCAAAUCAGGAAAGACGGCGCCAUUAUAAUGGAGAAGCCUAUGAGGAUGACGAACACCAUCCCAGAGGUGGUGUUCAGUGUCAGACCUCUUAAUGGGGCCAGCAAACACCACUCACUGCUGGCGGUUAGUGCAGUAGUGAACGCGUGAAGGACUGUAAUCAUCAUAUGCUCACUACUUGCUGUUGUUUUUGUUUCAAUAUUCAAUUAUAGUAGUUUUAAAAGUUAAAUGAAGAAUAAACACAAAUACAAAAGCUCUGACUUUGCCCUGUAUGUAUGAUGACUUCAGUGUGCAAGAUGAAGUUUAAUGACUGUAAAAAGUAUCAAGCCCUGGUGUCUGUUCGGCCAUGCCUUUGUAAUUUGAUUUCAGUUGUAUACAUGGACAAGCUUAGACCGAAAUGCUAGGUAUAUGUGUUGACUUUAGUGUAUGACUCUUCAUUGUUAAGCUAUGGAUUAAAAAUGUAUUUAACUGGCAAUCAAAAAGGAACCAGUUUGUGGAA